GGAGCGGCUUCAGGAGCGUCGGCGGAGCUUGUGGGCAAAGGCCCGGCUGUGCGGCCGGCCUCUGAGUUGAUGGGGAAGCCAGCGGGGCCGGCGACAUGUCUGUUGAUUCGGAAGAGGAUGAAAAUGGCUACCUUGACAGUGUUAAUUCCUUAUACAAGACAGCGGACUCCACGAUCCAAGAAGAAGAUCCACUCCUGAAGGAGCCUGUUCAGAACAGACCCGCAUCAUACAAGCCUAGAGACCACUUCAAUGGCACCUAUAUUAUUUUUUUCUUUCUGGGGACUGGCUCUCUUUUGCCUUUGUCCUUCAUCAUGACUGCAAAGCAUUACUGGGUGUAUAAACUUCAGAACUGCUCAGAAGAGCUGUCUCCGGCAGAGCGGAGACCACCAGAUACCCGUGACUUCUUUGAAAGCUACAUUUCUGUGGCCUCCACUGUGCCUUCGGUGCUGUGCUUGAUUGGGAACUUCCUACUAGUCAACAAGGUCUCCGUCCAUGUGCGCAUUCUGUCCUCCUUGGUUGUCAUACUGGCUGUGUUAAUAGUGAUCACAGUGCUGGUGAAAGUGGAUACUUCUUCUUGGACUGGUGCAUUUUUCAUAAUCACCUUGAUCUGCAUCGCUGUCAUCAGCAGUGCCGGCACAAUCUUCAGCAGCAGUGUCUUUGGCCUCACUGGGUGUUUCCCCAUGCAGAAUUCCCAAGCCCUGAUUUCAGGUCAGGCCAUGGGAGGAACGGUGAGUGCCGUGGCAUCGGUGGUGGAUCUGGCAUCAGCAUCCAGCGUUACGGACAGUGCUCUGGCCUACUUCUUGAUGGCGGAUGUCUUCAUUGUUCUGUGCAUUGGGAUGUACCUGAUCCUCCCCAAGUUAGAGUAUUCCAGGUAUUAUAUAAAAUGCCACAAAGACACCACACAGACGGCAUGCAUUUUGCCUGGUGAUAGUUUGGAGGAAGAUGAUUCAACAUCUGGUAACCCCAGAGGGAUGACACCAAGGAGAAGCAGUGCAGGAAGCAUGCCUCCCCUGCGGACCAUCUUAAAAAAGACUGGCAUGCUGGGUUUCUGUGUCUUCUAUGUAUAUUUCAUCUCUAUCAUCAUUUUCCCUGCGGUCUCCUCUGGCAUACAGUCUGUUGAUGAAGUCUCAGGGAGCUUGUGGACAGAUAAGUAUUUCACACCCCUGACUAGCUUUCUCCUGUACAACUUUUCUGACUGGUGCGGGAGACAGAUCACAGCCUGGAUCCAAGUCCCUGGACCCAAGAGCAAGCUGCUGCCCAUGAUGGUUCUGCUGAGAACUUUUUUGGUGCCCAUCUUCAUGCUUUGCAACUUUCAGCCUCGGAUGUACCUCACCAAGGUGCUCUUCGCCCAGGAUGUGUACCCAGUGGUCUUCACGGUGUUCCUGGGAUUCAGCAAUGGCUACUUGAGUACAUUGUCCAUCAUCUAUGGCCCCAAGGUCACACCUAAAGAACUGUCAGAAUCAGCAGGGGUGCUGAUGAUGGUGUUCAUGCAGUUGGGGCUGGCUAUGGGAGCAGGCUUCUCGGUUCUUGUGGUCCAUCUCAUCUAGAAGAGAAGUGUGCAAGUUAUUCUCUGAGCUCAGUCAGUAAAUAUGUGAACAGAGCUAUAUACAGUUCUCUUCACCACAUUUUGAAAUGGACGUUCUAGAAUUGCAAAGGGGUCAGAAAUGGGUGACCAAAUUAUCAAGGGGGGGGGGACAGCAUCUUCCCUGUGAAGAAAGGCUGAAGAGUUUGAGGCUUUUCAUUUAGUAGGGAAGGUGAGAAAUGGUGGACUAUGAGAGAAACGUAUAAAAUUGUGCAUGAGAUAGAGGAAGAAAGAACUGUUUUCACCCUCUCACAAUUUCGGGGCGCACAAUGAAAUUGAUGGGCAGGAAAUUCAAGACAGAUAAAAGAAAGCACUUCUUCGCAUGGCAUAUAAUUAAUUUGUGAAAAUUACAUUCGUGGGAUGUGGUGAUGAACACUAGGCUAUAUGACUUUAAAGGGGAAUUAGACAGAUUCAUGCAUGAUAAUACUGUCGAUGAUCAUUAGCCAUGAAGAUUAAAUGGGACCUCCAUGUUCAGAGGCAGUAUACCUCUGUAUAGGGAGAAGAUUAUUUUGGUCCUCUAUGCCCCUGGCUGAGCACUUUUUAGGGCAUCUGGUUGGAUACUAUGGGAACAGAAUGCUGGUCCAGAUGGAUCAUUGGCCUAACCCAAAGGUGGCUCUUGUUUUCUUGAAAUUAUAAAGCUUUAAAUAUAGAAGGUCCACUUUGACAACCUUGUGUUGCAUUGUUGAGCUCUCACUCUUUUUCAGCAGUGGCCUUUUCCUGCUGCCUAGUGAUGUUUACGGUGAUCAUCGUGUUCAGACUGACUCUGUUUCAGAAUAUGUCACCUCUCUGUCCAUUCCAUUUAUGUUAAAGGAAACCACUAGUGUCUUAUUAUGGAACACUAACAUUGUUAAGGAUUUUAAAUGUUCUUUGUAAUUAAUUUUGAGUUGUUCUUGUUAAUUCUGUUCUUCCUACACCUUCGGAACUGUGGACUUGUGGUGAUGUUUGCCUAUGGUGCACUCUCUCUCACUCACUCACUCACUCACUCACUCACUCACUCACUCACUCACUCACUCACUCACUCACUUACUCACUUUCCCUCCUUUCCCCUCCCCUCCCCUCCCCUCCUCCUAUGCCCAUUUCUCAAACUUUCCAUGGGGUGAUUAAAAAUAAUAAUAAUGAUAAACUAUGAACUAUAUUCAGCUAAUGGGAUUAUGUAAGGCUGAAGUAAAGAACUUCCUGAAAUCCGAGUUUCUGGAAGAAAUGAUGUUAUGGAAUAAUAUUGAUUCAUGACCUGGUGGUUUAUGCUUAUAGUUAGGACCAACCAUAAGCAGAUCUUCUUGGAAGUAAAUCUAAUGUUAUUCUGUGGAUUUCAUUCCCAACAGAGUGUCUUCAACAUUGACCAUGGUACAAAAAUUGUUAUAGGUCUGUUUCAUUUUGCUUUCUUCCUGCUGAGUUUAUUAGAAUUAGAGGUCGUGUCUAGGAGAAUUAGAAGAUGAUUUUGAACUAUGAUAUUUCUGGGACUACGUUUUGAACUAUUAUAUCCUUUUUUGUUGCAAGAUAACUCAUUUGCAACUAAAAGAUAUCUUCAAAACUUCUUUUGGACCUCGUGCAAGUUACAGGCACAGAAACCAUUUCCUUUGGGUUUCACUGGCGUAUAGUUGCUCCACACUGUGCUCAGGGAUUUAAAAAACUGUACAGUGAUGAAUGCAUAAUCAUCUAUUUUGAUAUAUGUAUAGUGUGUGUGCCCAGAUGCAUGAUGGAGUGUUACAUAUUUGCUCGGCAGUCCACCCAUCCCAACCUGGUGUUUAUAUAGCUGGGUCUGAAAUGCCUUAAAGCCACCAGAAACACACAGCAUGUCCCACAGUGUGUUUGUUCCCAGAUGUUUAAAACCCUCAGAGAACCAUCUGAAAAGAGGUUAACAAGAAUCCACGUGGGCUAUAGGAAUGGAAGAAGAAGAGUUUGGAUGUAUAGCCCCCUUUCUCUCCAGUAAGGAGACUCAAGGCAGCUUACAAGCUCCUUUCCUUUCCCCCAGCAGACACCUUGUGAGAUAGGUGGGGCUGAGAAAGUAGCUAGCCCAGGGUCACCCAGCAGGCUUCUUAUAUGCCUUUAAAGGCCAUAAUACACAUACACACAGAAACAUAUAUCUUCAAAUGUUAUGAUCACAGGGCCUGAGAGCCUACCAACCAUGCAUAACAGGCACAUAUUCCUCCUCAACUAGGGCAGCCACCACAUUGUGUAAACAGAGGCAAUGCAGGUAUUUACUAUGCACAUACAGCCUUGGUAUGUAUGAAUACAACCCUGAAAAACACAAUGGGAAGUUUAUGUAACCCCUAUGUUCAGAAUGGGUUGACCCAGAAAGGGGUGGAGACUCAAAGCAGCAGGAGGCUUCAGGAACUCAUGAAGUUGGAGGAAGCAAGGCUACCAGGAUGGGACCUUGAUUUAUUUC